UAUUUCUCCACUUGCAGCCUGUGCUCUUCAACCCCUCUGCUCUACCACACUCCGCAGAGCUGUGUAGAUCCUGCCCAUUUUGGAAUUUUCAAAAUGUAGCACCUCAUGUUUUCUGUGCAUGUGAAUGUUUUAUGGCCAUAUUUGUUGUUCCAGAACUUCCGCCGCCACCGACUAUCUCCAAGACUCCUGACUAUCCCGUGUACGUGCCUGGGGAAUCCGUCACCAUCACGUGUACUAGUUCACGGCGGGACACGGCGGGGAGGUUUCAGUUGAGAAAAGACUCCAACCUUCUCACAAACAGCACGGGAAGUGACACGACCUUCAACCACCGGAUAACAGACUUAAGGGCAGACGUGGCCAACACCUACACCUGUGUCAUGUUGGUGCAAGUCUCCGCUCGGUGGCUCCCUUCCGCUCCGAGCCGUGCGAUCCACAUUCGUGUCAUUGAACUCCCGCGUCCACCGACUAUCUCCAAGAUUCCUGAUUACCCUGUGUAUGUGCCUGGAGAAUCCGUCACCCUCACGUGCGCUAGUCCACGGCGAGAAACGGCGGGGAGGUUUCAGUUAAGGAAAGAUUCCGACCUUCUCACUAGCAGCACGGGAAGCGACACGACCUACACCCACCGUGUCCCAGAGUUAAGGGCAGACAUGGACAGCACCUACACUUGCGUCAUGUUGGUGCACGUCUCCGCUCGGUGGCUCCCGUCCCCUCCAAGCCCAGCGGUCCACAUACGUGUCACAGAACGCCCGCGUCCACCGACUAUCUCCAAGACUCCUGAUUAUCCUGUGUAUGUGCCUGGAGAAUCCAUCAUCCUCACGUGCGCUAGUCCACGACGAGACACGGCGGGGAGGUUUCAGUUGAGGAAAUACUCCAACCUUCUCACCAACAGCACGGGAAGCCACACGACUUUCACCCACCGCAUCACAGAAUUAAGGGCAGACAUGGACAGUACCUACACCUGUAUCAUGUUGGUGCACGUCUCCGCUCGGUGGCUCCCAUCCCCUCCAAGCCCAGCGGUCCACAUACGUGUCACAGAACGUCCGUCGCCGCCGAAUAUCUCAAAGAUUCCGGACUAUCCCGUGUACCUGCCUGGGGAAUCCGUCACCAUCACGUGCGCUAGUUCACGGCGGGACACGGCGGGGAGGUUUCUGUUGAGGAAAGACUCCAACCUUCUCACCAGCAGCACGGGAAAUCACACGACGUUCACCCACCGCAUCACAGACUUAAUGGCAGGCGUGGAUAACACCUACACCUGUACCAUGUUGGUGCGCGCCUCGGCUCGGUGGCUCCCGUCACCUCCGAGCCCUGUGAUCCACAUUCGUGUCACAGAACGCCCGCGUCCACCGACUAUCUCUAAGACCCUUGAUUAUCGUGUGUAUGUGCCUGGGGAAUCCGUCACCAUCACGUGCGCUAGUCCACGGCGAGACACGGCGGGGAGGUUUCAGUUGAGGAAAGGCUCCGACCUUCUCACCAGCAGCACGGGAAAUCACACGACCUUCACCCACCGCGUCAUAGAUGUAAGGUCAGACACGGACAACACCUACACCUGCGUCAUGUUGGUGCACGUCUCCGCUCGGUGGCUCCCGUCCCCUCCAAGCCCAGCGAUCCACAUACGUGUCACAGAACUUCCGCAGCCACCGACCAUCGCCAAGACUCCUGACUAUCCCGUGUACGUGCCUGGGGAAUCCGUCAACAUCACGUGCGCCAGUUCACAGCGGGACACGGCGGGGAGGUUUCAGCUGAGGAAAGACUCCAACCUUCUCACCAGCAGCACGGGAAGUCGCACGACCUUCAUCCACCGCAUCUCAGACUUGAGGGCAGACGUGGAUAACAACUAUACCUGUGUCAUGUUGGUGCACGCCUACGCUCGGUGGCUCUCGUCACCUCCGAGCCCUGAGAUCCACAUUCAUGUCACAGAUCCACCUUCUCGUCCUAUCAUCUCCAAGAGUCCAGAUCAUCUAGUUUACUUCCCUGGGGAAAUAAUUACAAUGACGUGCAGAGUUGGGAGACUGGGCGAGGCUGGGCUGUUCCUAUUGAUGAAAGAUUCCAUGCCUCUUACUAACAGCACAGAAGUGCAAAGCCAUUUCACCUAUCACAUGGUAGAAAUCAACAGAAGCACCGUGGGAAACUAUGCGUGCUUUUUCCUGACUCAAGUCAACGGUCGAUGGAUAAGGUCCCCCGUCGGUCAACCACUUCGAAUCAUUGUCACAGAACUGUCAAAUCCGCUCUUUAGUGUUGACUCCCCCGAUGUUGAGGUCGGAGGUAGCAUCACCUUCGAGUGCGCUUGCUCGGAGGUCCAUACGGAGACUACCGCCGUCUUGCAGAGAUCUGGGGAAGAUGUCUCAGACGGCUGGGAGGUCUUGGGGAAGGGUGGCUCUUUGACGUUCAAGAUGGACAACGUGACUCUCUCCGAUGGAGGGGAAUACUCAUGCGUGUGUAGACUAGUCGUCAACGGAAAGGUGUUAACGUCAGCGGCCAGAGCACGUAAGCGGGUGACCGUAAAAGACAAUGUGUGGAUUAAGAUAAUGACACAAUACAGCCCGGUGAUUGCUGUGGGGAUUUUACUGCUGUUCACAGCUGCUGUAAUUCCUAUUGCAAUUAUAAUCAAGAGGAAAAAAGGGAAUGAAGUCCAUUUUUACGACUUAAACGCAACUAAUACUCCAUGUUCGGCAGAGACAACCUUAUGAAACAUGAAAGUGCAAUUUGAUGGGAUUUUUCUACUUCAUAGUCAUGCAGCGUGGAAAAAAAGCCCUUCGGCCCAACUGCACCCUUUCCAGCUUGAAACCACAAUCACAUCUGCCUGCCUUCAAGAAUUUAAAGGCCGCUCAAGACUCGUUAAGCCAUAAACCACAAGCAGUCAUGCAGCUAACCAGAGUCAAUAACGUCAUAGAGGCACACAGCAUGGAAACAGGCCCUUUGGUCAAAUUCGUCCACGCCAACCAACAUGUUCCAUCGACACUAGUCCCAUCUGCCUACGUUUGGCCCAUAUCUCUCUAAACCUCUCCAUGUGCCUGUCCAAAUGUAUUUUAUUCAUUGUGAUAGUACCUGCAUCAACAACCACAUUUGGCAGCUCAUUUCACAGACCCACCACUCUCUGUGUGAAAAAAGUUGUCCUUCCUGUUCCAAUUAAAUCUUUCUCCUCUCACCUUUAACCUAUGUCCUCUAGUUGUUGAUUCCCAACGCUGGGUAAAAUACUUUGUGCAUUUUACCAUAUCGAUUCCUCUCAUGAUCUUACACACUCUAAUAAGAUCACCCCUCAUCCUCCCGUCCACCAAGGAAUAAAGUCAUUGGCUGCUCAACCGCUCCCUAUAGCUCAGGCCUUCAAUUCCUGGCAACAUCCUCGUAAGACUUAUCUCCACCCACUUCAGCUUGACGAUAUAUUUCCUGUAACAGGAUGACGAAAACCAAACACAAUACUGCAAAUGCAGUCUCACCAACGUCUUAUACCACUGCAACAUGAAACACAAACUUGUAUAAACAAUACUCUGACUGCUAAAGGCCAAAGUGCCAAACAUCUUCUUGGCUUCCCUAACUGGUGAUGCAUAACAUGGAGUUAUAUACCCACAUCCCUCUGCUCUGCUAAACUCCCUAUCUACCGGUGAUGCCACUUUCAGGUAACCAUGUACCUGCACACCUAGAUCCCUCUGCUCACAAACUCUGCUCCAGGACACUGCUAUUCACUAUGAAGCUCUUGACCUGAUUUGAUGUAAUGCUCAUGUAAGUUACUUUAAUUCACCUUUCCAAUAUCCACAUUUUUUUAAACAGACGACCACAAGACCUAGGAGCAUCAUGAGACCGUUCGGCACAUCAAGUCUUCUUCGCCACUUGAUCAUGGCUGAUCUAGAUUUCCCUCUCAUCCCCAUUCACCUGCCUUCUCCUCGGAACCGUUGACGCCAUUCUUAAGUGAUAACCUAUCAAUUUCCGCUAUUAAAUAUACCUAUUGAUUCGGCCUCCACUGCCGGCUGUGGCAAUUAAUUCGACAUUAUCAACGCCCUCUGGCAAAUAAAUUCCUAUUCACCUUUCUUAAGAAAUUUCAUUUUAUUCUGAGGUUCUGCCAUUUGAUUCUAAACUCUCCCACAACUGGAAACACCCUCCCCACAUUCACAUCAUCCAGUCCUUCCAUUAUUGGGUACGCUUUAAUUAGGACCCUCCUCAUGCUUCUAAACAUUAGUGAGUCAAGGCCCAGUGCCUUUAAACGCUCAUAAACGUCAACCCAAUCAUCCCUGGGAUCAGUACUGAAACCAUUCUCUAGACCCCCUCCCUCGCCAGCAAACAUAUCGGGUCCAAAACUUCCCGCAAUUUUCCAAAAGACACAGGAGCAUAAUGAGGCCAUUUAGCCCAUAGAGUCUACUCCGGUAGAUAGGGAGUUUCCCAUCACCGGUAUAUAGGGAGUUUAGCAAGGCAGAGGGAUGUGGGAAAUAAUAUAUGAUUACAAUCGAGCCAUUUACAGUGUACAGAUACAUCGUGGGGAAUAACUUUUACUGCAAGGUUUAGCCAAUAAAGAUAGACCGCGGGUCUACUCCGGCAUUCAUUCAUGACUGAUUUAUCUUUCCAUAUCAACCCCGUUCUCUUUCCUUGAACCCGUACUCUUUGACCUUUGCCCUUACUAAUUAAGGCUUGUUAGCAAUAUUUUCCUUCAAGAACAAUAUGUUCAGUUUAGUUUAUUUUUUGCACUGAAGUGAUAAGCAUUGUUUGCAUGCCUUCCAGUCAGCGGAUUGACAAUAUUAUCUCUUUAUGUAUUUAAAGAGUUAUCAUUAAUCUAAGUUUUCUUUUAACGUGAUAUUAGUUGAGUUCAGUUUAUUGUCACACAUACCGUGGUACUGUGAAAAGCUUUAAUUGCGUGCUAACCCAUCAUUGGAAAUAAUAUAUGAUUACAAUCGAGCCAUUUACAGUGUACAGAUACAUCGUGGGGAAUAACUUUUACUGCAAGGUUUAGCCAAUAAAGAUAGACCGCGGGUCACCAAUGAGGUAGAUUGUGGUUCUGGACCGCUCUCUACUCGUGGUACGACGAUUCAGUUGCCUGAUGACAGCUGGGAAGAUACUGCCCCUGAAUCUGUAAGUGAGCUUCUACACAAUUAUGUACAUUUUGCCCGUUGGGAGAGAGGAGAAGAGGGUGGCAGGGUGCGACUCAUUUUUGAUUUGCUGGGGGCCUUGCCGAGGCAGCGUGAGGUAUAAAUGGAGUCAAUGGAAGGGAGAUUGGUUUGUGUGGUGGUCUGGGCUGCGUCCACAAUUCGCUGUGAUUUCUUCAACAUAUCACAUUCAUUUGACCAACGCUUUGUUCAGUAUUUUAAUUGUACUGUUAAUAACAUCUCCAUUAAAUGUUGCUAAUCUCUACUAUUUGUACGCAAAUUAAAUUGAUAACUGCAGACACAUGGGAAUACGAUACGAUACAAUUGAUUUAUCCCUGGAAGGAAAUUGAUCUGCCACAGUCAUUAAAAGCAUUAAAUACAUGAAACACAAAAUGUAAAAGGAAAAGUGAAAAGAUUUUGGCGGUGUGCAAAGAUUGUGGGGGGGGGGGGGGGGGGGGUCAGUCUCAGUCUACCCCACGACAGAAUGGGUUGGAGUUGUAAAGUUUUGUAGCCACAGGGAAUAAGAAUUUCAUGUGUUGUUCUGUCCUGCAUAUUCGUGGAACCAUUCUGUUGUUGAACGUACUCCUCAGGUUAACCAUUGUGUCAUGGAGGGGUGAGCUGUGUUCUCCAGGAUUCUCCGCAAUUAGCAUGAAUCCAACUCCUCCCACAGGUCAGAGCCAGCCUACCUGGUGAGUUUCUUGAUCCUAUUACCGUCCGCAGCCUUCGCUGCUGCCCUAGCACACAGCAGCGAAGAAGGUGACAGUGGCUACCACAGAUUGGAAGAACGUCUGCAGAAUCUUACUGUUGGCGUCGAAGGAGCCGAGCGUAGUGAAAAAUUACAGCCGGCUCUGCCCCUUCUUGCACAGGGCCUCUGCGUUUCUGGACCAGUCCACAAUUGCAGAUUCAUCUGAAAACGUCUGUAGGUGGCAGGAGACUGAGUUAUAUCUAAAGUCCCAGGUGUAAAUGAUGAAUAGGUAGGAGAUAGGACAGUCCCCCGAGGGUCCCCUGUGUUGCUCACCACCAUGUCCGAGACAGUUCUUCUAUAGCCUGACAGACCGUGGUCGGCCCGUCAGGUAAUUGGUGAUCCAGGACACUAAUGGAGCAUCCACCCGUAUCUUCGUCAAUUUGCUUCCUAGCAGUGCAGGGCGGGUCGUAAUAAAAGUACUGGAGAAGUAAACAAACAUGACUCUCACAGUGCUUCCCGGCUUAUCCAGGUGAGCAUUGGAACAAUGCACAUGUUCGAUACAAUCAUCACUGAUCUACGAGCCGUUCUAUUUUGUGUCUGUGCCUAUUUGACUAAAGUCAGAUAUAGGUACGGGUUUCCCAAAAUAUCGCACACGAUUCCCUCCUGCAAUUGGCGUAGUCAGCAGAAUACUACACUGGACGACCGUCAACAAUAUGAGUAUGUUUAAUUUUACCACCUAUAGUUAGAGGAGUAGAUUCCGUAUUGUUGUCCAGCACCAAUAAGUUGUAGUAUCAAAAGCACAAAGUGCAGGCAACGAAAAAUAAAGGGAAUGUAUGGUGACUUUACUGGACAAGAUCAGUGAAGGCUAGGUACUAACAUGAGAUUAUAACACAUUAGAUCAGUGGGUUAACCUUGGGGUCGUUUGGUGUUUUUCCGGGGGUCAUGAAGGGGUUGUAAAUAACAUCAAUUUGUUGAGCCCAUUAUUAGGAACCUAACAAAGGUACAUACCAUACACAUUAUUUUGUUCGCGUAUAUACACAUAACCUAAAGAGGGAGGUGCAGGGGGUACAUCGUAUCCGGGCCCGGAGACCAAAAGGGCGCCCGGGAGCCAAAGGAGGGGAGGGGGACUGGCAUUUUCUGUAUGGGUCUUCCAUGUAGGAUGGAGGUCGCUUGGACCCAGCAGAAUCAUCACUACAUAUGUGUCUUGCCUGUA